AUGGGUGAAAGUAGCCGAGGACAUCGCUCGCAUAUUCAAGUUAAAAAUUUACGUUGCAAAUACCUUCAUGAAUAUCUUCAAACGCUUCCAUUAGCAACAUUAGAACAGCUUUAUAAUCAUCCCACUACUUGUUUAGCAGUUUUUAGAGAAUUACCUCAAAUUGCAAGACACUAUGUUAGUAGAUUACUGUUUGUAGAACAGCCUGUACCUCAAGCAGUAAUAGCAUCAUGGAUAUCUCAAACUCAUUCUAAAGAACAUUUAACAGCGACAAAAGUUUUAACAGAUUUGAGAGUUUGGCAAGAAGCUGCAAUACCAGGAGGUCUACCAGGAUGGAUAUUAAAUUCUGUGUUUAAAAAAAAUAUGAAAAUAUCAUUACUGGGAGGAGGUAGACCAUGGACAAUGUCAGCUCAAUUAGAACCGGAUACCAAACCCAGAGACAUACCAUAUUUAGAUAAUUAUGCAAUGGAGAGGUGGGAAUGCGUUUUACAUUAUAUGGUUGGAUCUCAAGCUCAAGAAGGUAUUUCUGCUGAUGCUGUUAGGAUAUUACUGCAUGCAAAUCUCAUGAAAAGAGACGAGGAAGAUGGUUCUUGCGUAAUAACAAGAGAAGGUUUUCAAUUUUUACUCCUCGAUACAGCUUCUCAAGUUUGGUACUUUAUGCUUCAGUAUUUAGAUACUGUGAGUGCUAGAAAUUUGGAUUUAGUUGAAUGCCUUACAUUUUUAUUUCAACUGAGUUUUAGUACAUUAGGAAAAGAUUAUAGCACAAUCGGAAUGAGCGAGGGCCUUUUAGUUUUUUUACAACAUUUAAGAGAAUUCGGUUUGAUUUAUCAAAGGAAAAGAAGAGGAGGAAGAUUUUAUCCUACAAGAUUAGCUCUCAACAUUGCCUGCGGUGAAAAUAAAUCUUUACAACAGAUGAAUAAAGAAGGAUAUAUAAUUAUAGAAACAAAUUAUAGGGUGUAUGCUUACACUGAUUCAAACCUUCAGGUUGCAUUAUUGGGUUUAUUUUGUGAGAUGCUUUAUAGAUUUCCUAAUUUAUCUGUCGGAUUAAUUACAAGAGAUUCAGUUAGGCAAGCAUUCAAAAGUGGAAUAACUGCAGAACAAAUCGUUGGGUUUUUAAGAUUACAUGCUCAUCCUAGAAUGAUUGCUGUUGGACCUCCGACACUUCCUCCAACAGUCGUCGAUCAAAUCAAAUUAUGGGAAAAUGAAUUGAACAGAUUGGUUUAUUCAGAUGGAGUUUUAUAUUCUCAAUUCUUGUCUCAAGCUGAUUUCGAAGCACUAAGAGAUCGUGCCAACGAAUUAGGAGUGUUGGUAUGGGAAAAUGAUAAAAAGCGUACAAUGGUUGUUACAAAAUCUGGACACGACGAUGUUAAAAAGUUUUGGAAAAGCUAUUCAAAAGCAAACAGUUGA